CUCUCGACUGUUGUGUCGGUCAAUGAUGCCAGGAGAACCGGUCUUAGUGGAAGGCGCUAACCGAAUGCGUCCCAAGGUGAGAGCCAACUGAGGACCGGAAGAAUUCAAAAGGUGAACUGAGCGGUACGUACCCCAACCUAAACAUGCCCGAAAAAUAACCCUUAUUCUUGCUUGUCAGUCUGCAUUGUCCGGCACAUGCUAGACAGAAUUGGCUGGGUCUGUUUCAGCAAGCCGGAGUGUUGAAGUUUACCAUCCCGAUGCUUCCCUUGGGUUUCCCGACGUCUCUUCCGCCUGUUUCGCCGAACUCCAACCCCUGAUCUUUGCCAUUCGACGCUCACGCUGCAACUCUUCCCGCACCUGACGGAGGAAUCGCGAGCAUGGACGUGCCUCGAAACGAACCGGCAGAAACACAGCUUUCCCUAGAUCGGCUUGAUCCAGCUAUUUUCGAAAAUGCAAGCACCAUUACCGAUUGGCUGUUGAGUCAAGCUGAAGAUGCACUGCCUCGACUGGCCGAGGCCAUUUUUCAGAAGCUGCUGCAGGAAGCCUCGCAGUCGAGGCGCUAUCAUGGCACGGGUCAUGCCUGUGUCAAGCUUUGCAGCUUUGUCCAGCAAUGCGCCAAAUCGAGCGACGAGGCACUGAGGCAAUGGGCGUUCACGGAGGCCUUGUCGAAAACCCUGUUUCACUUCUACCUUGAGUGGUACGAACAUGAUCCUCAUAGAGCCCUGCGGCUGGUAUUGGAUGUUCUAGUGGCGUCCUCAACGUCCAACCCUUGCCCCAGCACCGGGAGGGUUGUGAAGGACUACAUCCUAAAGACUUUGGUCUCCAUCGUCACCCGGAAGUCUGCUCAACAGUUUACCAAAUCUGGACUACAGUGCCUGGACCAUUUCCUGGGGAAGAAGGUGGUGAAUCUCACCGAUGUUGCUCUUAGGUACGAGGAGCUCGACCCGUCGGUGGCCGACCUACCCCGUCUCUCGUUGUGGAGAUCCUUCGCUUUCCAUAUCUUCUCCUGGAUGAAGCUCACCUACGUCUGUCCUUUGGCGGGGAAAGUCCUUGUACAUGUCUUUCGAGGGCUGAACACGGCAGCGCCUGACAACACAAUUCCGGACGCCGAAGGAUUCACCCUCGAGAUUUGGCGGCGGUGGCUCCAUGAUGCCCUAAUUCAAAACCCAGAUAUUCUUGAAGACAUCAAGAACUAUGUGCUUGCUCCCAUGUUCAAGACCGACCGAAGUUCUUCAUUGAGGCUUCUGGAGAUGUCCAAUCGGAGCCAGCCCGUACCCUCUGCCGACCAAGAAUUGUCUAGUCAAGGUCUCUUGCUCCAGCUGGCCACUCUCGAGCUUGGCAAGAAGUAUGGUCUGGUCGAGGAACCUAGUAGUGAUAAUGUCGAAUCUGAGCAGCUGACGGCGACGACCAUUAUGCUCCGAGGCACUCUUCUGGACAAGCUUCUUGCGCACCCUUCUGUGUCUGUGAGGUCUAGCGCUUUCUCGCUUCUAGUCUCAUCUCAGGCGACUACCAAACCCUUUUCGGAGACUGCUUUUUGCCUUCUGAGGAAACAUCUUGCUGCAUUUCACGCAGACUACGAUGCCAAGGUCCGUAACGAGGUCCUUGGUCAUGCCAAAAACCUCAUCAGGAGGGCAAAGAACGUUAUCACUGUCGCUCAGAGGAGCCUCUCUUCCCACCAGUCGACUGGGAAUGGAGUUCGUCCGCCUGCAAAGAAGAAAUUUGGCCCCGAGGUUGCGCUGAAGGACGCUGUUGAAGCAAGAGUUGUCCUUGACCGACAUGAGGAAUUCCUCGGAUGGUACAUGGAUUUCUUGAAGAACGAGCUUCUACCGACUGCAUCCUAUCAGCGACACAUAGCCGCAGUCAAGGCUGCGCUCCUUCUCCUCAGGGUUGGGAAACAUGCUGGCGUCACUGACGAUAGCAUCGAUGAGGACAUGGCGCGGCUUAUAUCCUCCAACUUCACCUGGGUUCGCCUUCUUCUUGACCUCUUGCUGGACCCCUUCGACGACGUACGGGACAGCGCAGCUACUCUCCUGAGCUUACUUCCACCGAAGGUCGAAGAGGACGACACGGCGAUCUCUCUGGACCUUCCGCAGGUCCUCAAGGAAUUCUGCUCCCGAGCAGGCAAACUCGCCGACAGAACCGGACGCGCUGACCAUGGCGAUGGAGCCGCUCGCUCCCAAGGGCUUUUGUGCAGCUGGCUGAGCAAACAGGAGUCCCAGCUCGCUCUCCUCUCGGACAUACUCGAGAGGGUUGAGUCGAAGAUUUCAAAAGCAGAGGGCGACUUAGGUCAUGCAGCCAUUGAAAGCCCAUUACAUGCUGAUUUCGCGGCAAUCAGCUAUGUUUGGCAGGUCCUGUCGAAGGGAAUCUACUCUGACGAACAAUUAGAAGUUCUCCACCAUCUACAACGCCGGAUCUUCUUCUGCGCGAGACAAAUAUGGCUCACAGUCAAGCAUGUCCUUUGCGAUGACUCUCCAGAAGGCCAUCUGCCGGAAGAGCUGGAGGAUAUUGACGGCCUAGAUACCAAAGACCUGUUGAGUUACAGUUUUCGGGCGGUCCAUGAGUCGAGCAACCUCUUGCGGCUCCUGGUAGGAACUUUGCGGCUUAAGAACGUUGCUGGCGUGCCACACCCUCCUUUAGACGUCUUCAGAGAGACGGGGUACUUGACCUUCGAGCAACUCUCCAGUUUACGCCACCGCGGCGCCUUUUCAACAGUAUCAUACACAUUUACAACAUGUUGUCAACUUACCCAGAUCUUGAAAGGCGUGUACACAGACAUUGACGAGUCGGAGGACCUGCUUCGCGAGUGGUACAGCGGAGCAAUCAACUGCAUUAUGACACAAGCAUCCACGACUCGCCGGUCUGCCGGAAUCCCAUCUUUGGUUGCGGCGGUUCUGUCGGCGAAUGCGGCAUCGCCAUCAUUCGAUGAGGUUUAUGGGACCCUCGAAAAGAUUGGCAGCAGGAGCGUCAAGAUGUCUGAAACUGAUGGAUCCAAUUUGCCCCAAGUCCACGCCCUCAACUCGCUGAGGGAGAUUUUCAGGAGUUCGCUUCUGAGCAAGAGGGCCGAGGGUUACCUUGCUCGAACUCUUCACCUCGCAGCAACGAGCUUGAAAUCCGAAGUUUGGGCAAUUCGGAACUGCGGCCUCCUUCUCCUGAGGAGCUUGAUCGACUGUCUACUGGGAACUGGCGAAAGCAAAGCCUCCAUCGAGUCCGGCUGGGAUGGCCAUUCAAUCCGCAUCUCUUACAACAAGUACCCGACACUGCCGAGUGUCAUCCUCAAUCUGCUGCGGUCUGUAGACGAAACAAUUCACCAAGUGACACAAUCCGGCGCAGCAGAGGCGGUGUUCCCUGCGCUGGACAUCAUCCGGCGCGCAGGUCCUCCGGAAGAACAUCGUUCAGAGUUGCGAACGCAUAUCGAAGGAUAUCUUGGUAGCCGUCUUUGGCAUGUGCGAGAGAUAGCCGCCAGAACACUCUGCUCAUUCUUGCUGCAGGAGGACUGGGCUCGAGAGAUUGGAAGGCUUCUUGCUGAAUCAGGCAAUCGCACAAACCGGCUUCACGGAGCUCUGCUGACAACAAGAUUCGUUCUUGAGCGCAAGGCGGAUUUGGGGAUCAAGUUCGAAUCAGAGUUGGCGGCUGUCGAGAUCCUUCUUGAGCAGCUCGCUCAGAAACACGGGUCCUUCAAACAAUGCGCCGAACUACAGGCAGCAUACCUCGAGGUUCUGAACGUCCUCGCAAGCCUAGGCUUCCGCGAACAUAUUGCGAAAAUCACCCUACCUGAGGCUCUGACCGCGCGGAGCGGUGCUUCUUCCGCCUUGCUUGAUCUGCACGCAUCGUUGAAACUGGUUUACGACACGGCUGGAUGUGGCGACGUGGACACUCUCCGGCUGCGCUUUACGAAGACGCUCAGCAGGGACAUUAACACGGCAACCAGGAUGCUAGAGAUGAUACCGGAAGCAUGGAAGCAAGUGGACAGUGAAAGUGCCAGACCAGGCCUAUGCCAGUUGUACCUGGAAGCUUGCAAUGUCCCGUCCGCACCCGAGGUUCGGACCCAGGCCCUCACGAAUCUCGGCUCGCUGAUGGAUAGCAUGCUCCGUCGUAGGGAGUAUGCAGGGCUACCGAGGCCGGAACAACUGAACAGGCUCUGGGCUCAACUGUGCGGAGGAGAGAUUAACCCUGCCUUGUCAUGCGCCGUCAUCGAGACAAGCGGGACAAUCAUCUCUGCGCUCUUAUCUUGCGACCCCGACAACCUUCCUUAUAUGGAGCAGAGACUGAGGAGCUGGGGGAACAUGCUCCGCGAGUGCCUGGGUGUGGAUAACCCCUUUGACACGCGUUACUCAGCCGCCGUGGCACUAAAGUCCUUCCUCACCAGAAAAGGCAGCCUCGACCACGAUGACAGGUACCUCCCCGUUCUCGCAGCGCUGUACGACAGUCUCAUCGACGACGAUGACGAGAUCAGACAGGCCGCGGCCAGCGCGGCCUCCAGCCUCAUUGGCACGCCCGCAGUCGCCCCGACCGCAGCGGACAGGCUCGUCAUAUGGCUGCAGGAGCACUUUGGAGACUCGAACGAGUUCAGGUCACGCGUCGUCUGCAGGAUGGUUGGGCAGCGCUAUUCGCCGGAUGGUCAGCUGGUCGCUGCCGAGGAGCAGCUCCGCCAGGCUAUGGACUUUGAUGACUCGCUGUUUGCGGCCGAGGAUCAGAACCUCUUCAUCGACGAGGUCAGGGAGACGACCCGGUGGCGAGGGCCGUUUGAACGCCUCCAGCUGUCGAGCAGCGAAGCGUCGGUUGGCUGCCUCAAGACAUGGGUACAGGACGGGCUCCGGUGCCUCAUUGGGCUUGCGGCGGAGCGGGACGGUCCACUGGGGUGGACAUCGGAUCAGCAUGUGUUUGCCGUGUGCGCUCGAGUCCUUCUAUGUGCGGUGGCGAUCUGCAGAACUGGAGAGGACGCUGGGAUCGCCGGGUUGUUGACGGAGUUUCGGGCAGUGGGAGAAAGGGCCUCGAUUCAUGGAUCGCUGCUGGAGAUGGCGAAGCUUGAGACAGUGGCUUAGAAGCUAAGGUACGCUGUUUCGCCGAAAAUGAGUGGUUUGUUAGCUGGCCCCUUUUCCAAAGCAGCUGGACAGUCUUCCAGGUUCAGAGAGACUGGCUACUGAUUGUACGGAUGACUAACGGCGAAGGACUGCAUGUUAGAAGUACGCACUGUCUCAAACACGAGAGGUACAAGUACAUGUACAUCUACCCGCAUAUGCAGUCCUUCCCGGUCGAAUCGCAGCGACCUUUGCGCCCAAGUGCAGG